UGGGGCUAUUUCUUACCGCGAUCAGACUGGUUCCUGGGGGUCAAGGACGAGCAAAAAAGGCAGCGAUACCUUUCAGCCUGGCUUGAUCUUCGAGUCCCGUGGAUGUAUGUCCUCAGCUGUCGCAAUGCGGCAGUUCCUCGCACUCUCUCGUCGCAGCUCUGGCGCGACUAUCUCCAGAAUGCUCGGGAUGUCCUUUCCUCGGACAGCAGCAUGACUCGUGCCGGCGAGCGACGAUCGCAUCUCGCCGCCAUCUUGACGAAGGUUUUACCCCCCUCGGCACUCAGCGCUCGGACCAGUGGAGUCAUACAGUGGAUGGAGCACAGCUUUGACGGCCCCAUGCCCUCUCGGCUCUGGCCGCAAGUCUUGUGGGAGCUUCACGAAGUCGCUUUCCAGUACGAAUUGCUGGAACUUGACCGGGUUAUGGUCCCAAAUGCAGCGCAUUCAGGGCUAGAUGCUGAAUCCGAAGAGGUUACGCGCGAGGCAUUGAUAUGCGCAAUCUUCCCUGGAGCGUGCAGCUUGCAGGUCUCUGAUCUCGCUGCUGCCCAGCAAGGCCUCGCCUCAGAACUACGUGACGAACGAGGUAGGGCACUAGAUAGGUGGCUUCGUGUUGUGCGGCGAUGGCCCCGCUGCCCUGAUUCGCUGCGUAACUGCACCAGGCUCGAGUACCAGUUCACGGAGGGGCAGAUGAACUAUGUCGAACGAGUUUUAGUGCAAUAUUACGUGGAGACGUUUUUCGAAUGGGCUGUCCGGCUUCCCAUCCUUCCCCGACGUUGCCCUUAG